GUGAAGCCGCCGCUCGGGCCUACUCCUCGGUCCGGCUCCCGAUGCUGUCUCUCGCCGCCCGUUCGGGGGUCUUCGCCCCGUACCUCUCGGCCACCACCUAUGCCGUGGCCUCGCAGCUCAAGCCGCUGGCGGUCGGCGCGGUCUCCAAGGGCGAGGAGGUGCUGCUGGACUUGAAGAGGCCGCUGCUGUGCGGGGAGUCGCUGUCCGGCCGGGCGCCUCGGGGCGGCGUCUCUGCCACCGCCGGCAUCAACGUUGCUUCGAGUGUUCGCUAUGCACAUAGCGAUGUCAAAAUUCCAGAUUUCUCUGACUACCGGCGGGCAGAUGUUAUGGACGCCCAGAAAACAUCACAGGACAGCAUUGAUACGAGGAGGGGUUUCUCCUACUUAAUAACUGGAGCAACUCUCUGUAUGACAGCCUAUGCUGCAAAGAACGUCGUCACCCAGUUCAUCUCGAGUAUGAGCGCCUCUGCUGAUGUGCUGGCAAUGUCUCAGAUUGAAGUCAAGUUGGCUGAUAUACCAGAAGGCAAGAACAUGACCUUCAAAUGGCGAGGCAAGCCCCUGUUUAUCCGCCACCGUUCACCCAAGGAAGUUGAGAAAGAACAGGCAGUGAACCUAGCUGAGUUGCGAGACCCUCAAUUAGAUUCUGACAGAGUGAAAAAUCCACAGUGGAUGAUUGUCAUUGGUGUUUGCACUCACCUGGGCUGUGUGCCAAUAGCGAAUGCUGGUGAAUAUGGGGGUUACUACUGCCCCUGCCAUGGAUCUCAUUAUGAUGCGUCAGGGAGAAUCAGGAAAGGCCCAGCACCAACUAAUCUGGAGGUGCCUCCUUACGAAUUCACUUCUGAUGAUGUUGUAAUUGUUGGUUAAUUUUAAGGAUCUUAAUCAUUGAAUACCUUGUGGUUUUGCUUUUGUCACUUGUACUUAAGUCAACUGAAUAAUUUUUACCAGCAGCUUGUUAAGGUGAUUGUUGGUGUACAAGUUUGAUGGAGGGGGUUAAUGGUGUAAACCAAGCUUGUCUUUAAAUAAAUGUAUCUUGCCUC